CCGCACAGUCACAUCUCAUGAACUUCUUCUGGAACAAUUAUAUUUAAGUGCUCCAGAUCGAAGCUGCUUCGUCUCAAAAUGAAGAACAGCUGGGCAUUUGCUUUACUUUUUACAAAUGUUUAUUUCACGAAUGCGAUUCAAAAGGACGCACUUUUCUCAUUCGGAUUAUCUAAAGGCGAUUCAGUUCUUCAAGAAGGUGAUGAUGAACUGUCUGAAGCCCUGAAGCUAAAAAAGCCAUUGCACUUCUACAACAUGCAGUUCAACGUCCUUUAUGUUGCCACGAACGGCUUCUUGUCCCUUCAGCGUCCUCCUGAAGAGAGUCAGUAUUUAAGAUCCAAGUUUCCUCUGAGCUUCUCGGCCAUUGCACCUUUCCUGACAGACAUUAGUUCGGGACAUGGGAAAGGAUCUGUGUUUUACCGUGUGGAGGAAUCAUUGGAUGUAUUAAACCGGGCUUCCGAAAUGGUGCGGCGUGGUUUCACCGGUUCUACAUUUAAGUCCAGCCACACGGUCAUCGCCACAUGGGACAACGUUGCAUGUGAAGAGGACAGGCUACUCCAGUCACCAUGUGUAACCAGUUUCCAGGUUGUGUUGGCUGGUAAUGAAUCAGAUACGUAUGCCUUGUUCCUGUAUCCCGAGGAUGAGCAGCAGAUGCUAAAUAUCAGUCCCAAUUAUUCUAACAUGUCAAAAGGACACGCUAAACUUCAGGUUGGUUUUUGUAGAGGUGAUACGUCUACCACAGAAGAGCUGUUCUACAGUCUGAUUGGAUCUGAUGAGACAGCCAAUAACCUCCAUAAGGCAGGGAACACCGGGUUAAAUGGAAUAUGGAUUUUCCACAUCGGAACCAGCCGCUUCCCAUUCCAGAAGGUAGUUCCUGCUUCAGUCUCCAAGUCUGGUUCUAUGGGUUUUGGUAGCUUGCGCAACACCACAGAGGAAGAUUUCUACAUUACAGACGAAUCAAACACAGCUGCAGAUAAAUCUACUUCUGAGGCCCAAAUGGACACCCCCGGUUCACUUGUUCAAAAUCCAUUAAAACCAAACCAAGAACUACAUGCUAGUUCACAGAAUGGAACCAAAAUGUGUGGCGUUCACUUGAAAUUCUGCUCCCAGGAUGCUUACUGCACAGACUACGCAACUGGUCCAUGCUGUCAUUGCCGUUCUGGUUACUAUGGGAGUGGCAGACAUUGUUUACCUAUGGGUAUUUCUCAGCCUUUAAGUGGAAAGCUGAGUGGAAGUGUUUCUGUUGGAGACAUUAAAGCUCAGCUAAACAAUGUGGACCUCCAUGGCUUUGCUGUGGUGGGAGAAGGACGCGUGUACAUCUCCAUCAGUCCAAUCCCAGCUCAGGCAGGUUGGGCUCUGAUGGUUGUGAGCCCGCUGGUCUCCAUAUUUGGCUGGCUGUUUGCUCUUGAGCUCCAAAACCAUCCAAAUGGCUUCAGUAUAACUGGUGCUGAGUUUUUUCAUUGGGCAGAACUGGUUUUCAGUCCACAAGGCCAGCGUGUUACCAUUAUUCAAGAGGCUAAAGGAUUGGAUUCAUUCAACCACUUGACAUUUAACAUGACGAUCAGUGGACAUUUACCUACCAUUCCCAGUGGUGCUAAAGUUCAAAUUCUGCCAUAUAAAGAGACCUACCAAUACAACCAAUCAGUUGUGACAUCAUCAUCACUGCACGAGUACAUGGUGGUGUCAGAAAACGGUGGAUCCGAGACGUUCUCUUACCGGCUACACCAAAAUAUAAGUUUUCGUAACUGUGAGCAUGGCCCAUGGACCUUACCGGACUUUCAGCAGGUGAAUGUGGAGCAUCUGAUGGUCACGUUCACAGAAGGAACCACCCUUAGAUAUGCCAUAAUCAACCAAGUGGGACCUGUAGGAGGUGAGCUCCCUGGACUUGUGGAGUUGAACCCCUGUUCAACUGGGAAGCACCAUUGUGACCCCAUGGCCCUCUGUCUGCCAGGGGACGGCAUUCAGUUCCACUGUCAAUGUGCCAUGGGCUUUCAGGGGGAUGGACGCAACUGCUAUGAUGUAGAUGAGUGUGCUGAUGGGCUCAGUUCCUGUGGUCCUCACUCUGAGUGUGUGAACAUGCCGGGUGGACAUCACUGCCACUGUGAACCUGGCUAUGAGUUUGACCUCGAUUUGCAUGUGUGUGUAGAUAUCAACGAGUGUUUUCUGCAGCUCUGUCAUCCGUUCGCUUCCUGCUCCAACACCCAGGGCUCGUUCCACUGCCAGUGUUGGCCUGAAUACAAGGGCGACGGCUUCCUCUGCCAGCCACCACAGAAGCCCAAACCCUCAUUAACUGUGUGCCAGCAACACCGAGACAGUCUGCAAGAGAGUCUACGCAUGUACCGUGGCCUGGAAGCCUUCGUUCCUCAGUGUGAUGAGAAAGGGCAGUACAAACCCCUGCAGUGCCUGGGCACCACUGGACACUGCUGGUGUGUGGACAGAAGAGGUCAGGAGAGAGUGGGCACCAGGACAAUGCCUGGCACAGUACAUGCCAAGUGUGAUCAGCCAGCUGCCCUGGUUCCCCGUGUGGAGACUGUUUGCGAGCGCUGGAAGCUUUCACUCAUGAGUCACUAUAGGGGUCAGCCGUCCCCUCAAGACUACAUGCCCCUGUGUGACGCUCAUGGAAUUUUCCUGCCUGUGCAAUGUUACGGCAACAGCAGUUUCUGCUGGUGUGUGGACCACCAAGGCGUGGAAAUUAUUGAACCCGGUCCUACAAUGAUGGCAGGGAACACCGGGUUAAAUGGAAUAUGGAUUUUCCACAUCGGAACCAGCCGCUUCCCAUUCCAGAAGGUAGUUCCUGCUUCAGUCUCCAAGUCUGGUUCUAUGGGUUUUGGUAGCUUGCGCAACACCACAGAGGAAGAUUUCUACAUUACAGACGAAUCAAACACAGCUGCAGAUGAAUCUACUUCUGAGGCCCAAAUGGACACCCCCGGACGCGUGUACAUCUCCAUCAGUCCAAUCCCAGCUCAGGCAGGUUGGGCUCUGAUGGUUGUGAGCCCGCUGGCCUCCAUAUUUGGCUGGCUGUUUGCUCUUGAGCUCCAAAACCAUCCAAAUGGCUUCAGUAUAACUGUGGUGCUAAAGUUCAAAUUCUGCCAUAAAGAGACCUACCAAUACAACCAAUCAGUUGUGACAUCAUCAUCACUGCACAAGUACAUGGUGGUGUCAGAAAACGGUGGAUCCGAGACGUUCUCUUACCGGCUACACCAAAAUAUAAGUUUCCGUAACUGUGAGCAUGGCCCAUGGACCUUACCGGACUUUCAGCAGGUGAAUGUGGAGCAUCUGAUGGUCACGUUCACAGAAGGAACCACCCUUAGAUAUGCCAUAAUCAACCAAGUGGGACCUGUAGGAGGUGAGCUCCCUGGACUUGUGGAGUUGAACCCCUGUUCAACUGGGAAGCACCAUUGUGACCCCAUGGCCCUCUGUCUGCCAGGGGACGGCAUUCAGUUCCACUGUCAAUGUGCCAUGGGCUUUCAGGGGGAUGGACGCAACUGCUAUGAUGUAGAUGAGUGUGCUGAUGUCAGUUCCUGUGGUCCUCACUCUGAGUGUGUGAACAUGCCGGGUGGACAUCACUGCCAUUGUGAACCUGGCUAUGAGUUUGACCUCGAUUUGCAUGUGUGUGUAGAUAUCAACGAGUGUUUUCUGCAGCUCUGUCAUCCGUUCGCUUCCUGCUCCAACACCCAGGGCUCGUUCCACUGCCAGUGUUGGCCUGAAUACAAGGGCGACGGCUUCCUCUGCCAGCCACCACAGAAGCCCAAACCCUCAUUAACUGUGUGCCAGCAACACCGAGACAGUCUGCAAGAGAGUCUACGCAUGUACCGUGGCCUGGAAGCCUUCGUUCCUCAGUGUGAUGAGAAAGGGCAGUACAAACCCCUGCAGUGCCUGGGCACCACUGGACACUGCUGGUGUGUGGACAGAAGAGGUCAGGAGAGAGUGGGCACCAGGACAAUGCCUGGCACAGUACAUGCCAACUGUGAUCAGCCAGCUGCCCUGGUUCCCCGUGUGGAGACUGUUUGCGAGCGCUGGAAGCUUUCACUCAUGAGUCACUAUAGGGGUCAGCCGUCCCCUCAAGACUACAUGCCCCUGUGUGACGCUCAUGGAAAUUUCCUGCCUGUGCAAUGUUACGGCAACAGCAGUUUCUGCUGGUGUGUGGACCACCAAGGCGUGGAAAUUAUUGGAACCCGGUCCUACAAUGAUGUAAAGCCCCCUUGUAUUUCAGGUGAUGCCCCCCCAUUGAAUAAUGCAUUGACGUAUCCUGUCAUAAGCUCCUCCCCUUCAGGGCCUGCUAUCCUUUAUGCACGAGCCUCACAGAUUGUAGUCAUUCCUCUUGAUGAAACAGACCCAGUUCAAGAGAAAUCCAAUGUUUUACUGGCCUUGAAGGACUCUGUUGUGAUUGGGAUGGGCUAUGACUGUCAGGAAAACAUGUUAUAUUGGACAGAUUUUGGACGACAAACCAUUAACAGAGUGGUCUUAGUAUUUGGGUCUCAGCCAGAGAUUAUUAUCAGCCAAGGCUUGGUCCAGCCAGAGGGAAUUGCAGUGGACACUGUGCACAGGAAGCUGUUCUGGGUGGACAGUGGGAACGACAGGAUUGAGACAUCUGGUCUGGAUGGCAAGAACAGAAAAGUGCUGAUUGAUUCUGAUUUGGUCAAUCCCAGAUCCAUCAUAGUGGACGCUAAGAGUGGAACCUUAUAUUGGACUGACUGGAACCGUGAUGCUCCCAAAAUAGAGAGCUCAUCAUUGGAGGGACAUAAGAGGAAAGUCCUGGUGCAAGUGGGUCUCAUGUUGCCCAAUGCCUUGACACUGGACUUCACCACAAAUCACCUGUGCUGGGCAGAUGCAGGCUCAAAGAAACUGGAGUGCAUAUCUCCAGAUGGGACUCAGAGACGUGUGUUCCAGGAUGCUUUGGACUAUCCGUUCAGCCUGGCCAUCUAUAACAGCCACUUUUACUAUACUGACUGGGAGAGAGAUGGGAUACUGGUGAUAGAUCAAAUCACUAGGAAAAACACAGCUUACAUCCCUAUUCAGCAGUCACACUUGUAUGGGAUGACAGUUAUUCCAUCACAGUGUCUAUAGACCUGCAGACGUAUGCAGACUAUAUGGAUUGUUCUAGAUUUGUCAGAAAAUAAAUAAAUGACAACAAAACUAAACAAAAUUG